CGCGCAAGUGUGAGCGUGCAAAGGUUUUGUAGAGGAAUUUGUUCUCUCCAAAACUGGGACCCGGGCGCCCACUGGGCAUUGUGCCUUGAGCCUUCCUUUCUGUGGCCUCAGGUCUGAGUUAUCUGGCCUCAGUUUCCCUCCGACUUUUCUCUUUGCCAGCCCAGACUGCUACCCGUUAUUGUUCUUAUCAAAUGGGGGUGCUUUGUGAAGGGUACCAAGUUGAGGUGUGUUCUCUUUAUCCCAUUUUGCAAACAGAACGAGGUUUUUAAGGCUAACCCCUGACAGCCACCCCUUCGGUCCCCACUUCCACGUUGUUGCACUGAUUUUUUUUUUUCUCAUUGAGUAGUAUUUUAUUGUGCAGGAGCCACGCCCUGGUUUCUUAAAGGGGCCUUCCACUCUAGCCAUGUGUUAUCUCUGCAGCCGGUGUGUGGGAGGACUCCUGUGAGCCACCUGUUUUUCCCGCCUCCUGAGACAUCUUCCCACCCCACCAAGAAUUUAGGGAUGCCAGGGGGAAAGAAGGUGGUCGGGGGUGGCGGCGGCAGUGCUGCCACCACUGCUGCUGCUGCUGCUGCCCCCUCUGGGGUCAGGCGUUUGGAGACCAGCGAAGGGGCCUCAGCCCAGAGAGAUGAGGAGCCAGAGGAGGAAGGGGAAGAGGACCUGCGAGAGGGAGGCGUCCCCUUCUUUGUCAACCGGGGUGGACUGCCUGUGGAUGAGGCCACCUGGGAAAGGAUGUGGAAACACGUGGCCAAGAUCCACCCGGAUGGAGAGAAGGUGGCGCACCGGAUCCGUGGGGCCACCGACCUACCCAAGAUUCCCAUACCGAGUGUGCCUACGUUUCAGCCGUCUACGCCCGUCCCUGAGCGCCUGGAAGCUGUGCAGCGCUACAUCAGGGAGCUGCAGUACAAUCACACAGGGACACAGUUCUUUGAAAUUAAGAAGAGCAGACCUCUGACAGGGCUGAUGGACCUGGCCAAGGAAAUGACCAAAGAGGCUCUGCCAAUCAAAUGCCUGGAAGCUGUGAUCCUGGGAAUUUACCUCACCAACAGCAUGCCCGCCCUGGAACGCUUCCCCAUCAGCUUCAAGACCUACUUCUCAGGGAACUACUUCCGCCACAUUGUGCUGGGGGUGAACUUCGGUGGCCGCUAUGGCGCGCUGGGUAUGAGCCGGCGCGAGGACCUGAUGUACAAGCCGCCAGCCUUCCGCACGCUCAGCGACCUCGUGCUGGACUUCGAGGCCGCCUAUGGCCGCUGCUGGCAUGUGCUUAAAAAGGUGAAGCUAGGCCAGAGCGUGUCGCACGACCCGCACAGCGUGGAGCAGAUCGAGUGGAAGCACUCGGUGCUGGACGUGGAGAGGCUGGGCCGUGAUGACUUCCGCAAGGAGCUCGAGCGCCACGCCCGCGACAUGCGGCUCAAGAUUGGCAAAGGGACUGGUCCGCCCUCUCCCACCAAGGACCGGAAGAAGGAUGUUUCAUCCCCACAGCGGGGCCAAUCCAGCCCCCACCGCAGGAACAGUCGCAGUGAAAGACGGCCUUCGGGUGAGAAGAAGCCUUCAGAGCCCAAAGCCAUGCCAGACCUCAACGGAUACCAGAUCCGGGUGUGAGGCGGGUGCCAGCAACCCAGACCGCACCCACCCUUGGGGGCCAAUGUCCACCUGCUGGAAAAAGCCUUGUUCCCGGGGCAGAGGGUUUGCUGAUGGGGCAGGGCGAGAGGAUGCAGGAAGAGUGGGUUCCAGCUCAGCCCCCAAAGCUGCUCCCCAUCCUGCUGAGCUGAGCCCCCUAACUUUGGGCCAAGAGGC